CAUUCUUCGAUCAACGCCACAGGUACCUUGUAUCCUCGGGAUCACUGUGGCGGAAUCCCAUCAAUGAUAUGCGGUCUGCCCCCGUCUAUAUGUAACCCCUCUUCACUCUCAAGUCUCAACGGAUCUCAAAUCCCACUGUGUUUCCCUUUCCCCGCUUCUUCCGACUCACGAAUUCGAAGCUAAGAGCAUCGCAAUCGCCGCCGCCCAUGGGCUCCUCCGCCACCCCCGCCGGCCCCCUCCACAUGCUCUUCUUCCCCCUGAUGAGCCCCGGCCACAUGAUCCCCAUGGUCGACAUGGCCCGCCUCUUCGCCACCCGCGGCGUCCGCUCCACCGUCGUCACCACCCCGGUCAACGCCGCCAACCUCCGCCGCACCGUCGACUCCUCCGCCGCCCGCGGCCUCCUCCUCUCCCUCCACGUCAUUCCCUUCCCGGACCCCGCGGCCACCGGCCUCGCCCCCGGGCAGGAGAACCUCUCCGCCGUCCCCACCGCCCACUUCAACACCUUCGUCAUGGCACUCUUCCACUUCCAGGCCCCCCUCGCCGCCGUCCUCCGCGACCUCCGCCCCGAUGCCCUUGUAUCCGACUCCCUCUUCACCUGGACAGCCGACCUCGCCCUCGAGCUCGGCAUCCCCCGCCUCAUUUUCCACGGCGCCGGCGCCUUCCCCCUCUUCGUCCUCACCAACCUCGUCAACUACCUCCCCCUCGACCCCUCCACCGACUCCUUCAUCAUGAACGGCCUACCUCAUCCUAUCCGCCUCUAUAGAAAUGGCCUCCCGGAGCUCGUCGACAACUUCUUCAUGCUCAAGCUCCUCGGCGAGGCCGAGGCCAAGAGCUACGGCGUCGUCGUCAACACCUUUUACGAUAUGGAACCGAGCUACGUCGACUACUACAAGAACAAGAACAAGAACCAUCACGGCAUCAAGGCCUGGUGCGUGGGCCCGGUCUCUCUCUGCUGCCGUGCCGCCGAGGAGAAGGCGGAACGCGGGGAGCCCCCGGCAGACCGGAACCGUGUGCUAAGAUGGCUCGACUCCAAAACGGCCGGAUCGGUGGUGUACGUGUGCUUCGGGAGCCUGUGCCAUUUCAGCGGGCCCCAGCUGAAGGAGAUCGCGCUGGGGCUGGAGGCGUCAGGGAAGGCAUUCGUCUGGGUGGUCCGGCAAGAGGCGGCGGGGGACGCGGCGGCGGAGACGGAGUGGAUGCCGGAGGGGUUCGAGAAGCGGGUGGAGGGGAGGGGACUGGUGGUGAGGGGGUGGGCACCUCAGGUGGAGGUGCUGGGCCACGCGGCGGUGGGGUGGUUCGUGACACAUUGCGGCUGGAACUCGCUCCAGGAAUCGGCGUGCGCGGGGGUGCCGAUGAUUACUUGGCCGCUGUUCCACGAGCAGUUUAUAAAUGAGGCGCUGGUGGUGGACGUGAUGGGGGUCGGGGUGAGGAUGUGGGAGGGCUUCCGGCGGAACCGGCUGGAGGAGGAGAAGGUACUGGUGAGGGCGGAGGAGGUGGCGGCGGUGGUCGGGAGGGUGGUUGGCGGCGGCGGGGAGGACGUGGAGGCGGUGGCGAGGAAGGCGAGGGAGUACGGUGAGGCGGCAGGGAAGGCGGUGGAGGACGGGGGUGCGACCUACGAGGACGUCACCGCUCUGAUCCAGGAACUCGAGGGGAAGCGGAAGGAGGGGCGGAAGGAGGAGUGAGUACUCCGGCAACCGCCGACGGGCGGUGCUGAUAGUGCUGGUGUCGCUCUGCCGCUAGAAGACGGCAUCUAUUAUGUAGUUGGAUUCGGAUCCGUGAUCCCAACCCAGCGUUCGCAGGACUUGCGCUGUAACAUUAGGGUUCUCUGUUUUGGUGGAAUAAAGAAAUCGGUUCUGAUUUCUCUGUGCUUA